AAUAUUUUUCAAGUGUUUCAGGUUGCAUCAUCAGGAUAUAACUUCGAACAAUUUUUAUUACCUAUUUACACUAUAAUUGUUUCUAUAUUGUAUAUGUUUUUGUCUAACUUUGUCGGACAAGAAAUUAUAGAUCAUAAUAAUGAUGUAUAUGCUGCAGCAUAUAAUGUCUGCUGGUAUACAGCUCCUCUACAUAUACAAAAGCUAAUACUGUUUCUGUUGCAAAGAGGUAAUAAAGCUUUUGGUCUAAGCAUCGGUGGAUUGUUUAUAGCAUCUUUAGAAUGCUUUGCCACGCUGAUAAAGACAUCUGUAUCUUACUUUACUGUUAUGUAUUCAGUCUGAUAAUAACAGUAAAA